GGAGUCGGCAAGACAGAUUUCGUCGAAAACGAUCUGCACUCGCCGGUUGGAAUUCCCCCUUAAUGGGGCUUCGGCGCGUACUAUGUGGAACAUACUGAAUAUUGUGUGUUUUUUGACGAUUUACAUCAAUGGAAAAACAGCCGUCGGGCAGUUCUAUAGACGUCUUAAAUCACGGGAGGGCCAAGCCAAUCGAUGUCCUACUCCGCGCCUAGUGUCGAGUGUUUUUAAAAAACACUGUAAGAGUUUAAUACAAUGUGAGAAUGAUAAAGGGUGCUGGAAGCCAAAGUGGAAAUGUGCGUGCCACGAACAUUGUGGCAGAGUCUGCAUAGACCCAACCUCCACGUGUUUUGAUGGAUUUUGCCAGAACGGUGGAACAUGUUCUGUUUUUCAGGGGAAAGCUAAUUGCAGUUGUCCAUCUAAUUUCACUGGGGACAAGUGUCAAAAGGAUGUGGAUGAAUGCCAAGUGAAUAGUCAAUGCAAAAAUGGUGCAACUUGUUCAAAUACUUUUGGUGGCUACAUUUGUAGUUGUAUAUUUGGCUGGGAAGGACCUGAUUGCUCCAUCAAUAAGGAUGACUGUGUGCCUACUGGAAAUACCCCCUUGUGUUUUAAUGGUGGCACGUGUGUGGAUAGAGUUGGAAAAUUUGAUUGUAUCUGUCCUCCUGGAAAAGUGGGUCCUGUGUGCCAGCAUGAUGAUGAAUGCUUUUAUGAGCCUUGUUUUGGAGAUGCUAGUUGUACAGCUUAUGCAUUUGGACAAUAUAGUUGCAAAUGUCCAAGAGGGUGGACUGGUAAGAAUUGCAGUAUUGACAUCGAUGAGUGCGACCGGAAUAUAAGGUCACCUUGUGACCAUGGUGGCACCUGCGUCAACACUCCUGGGUCUUUUACAUGCAGUUGUGUUCCUGGUUACAAAGGUGAAAGGUGUGAUGUACCUAUAGAUGAAUGCUCUUCAAAUCCUUGUAAAAACAAUGCUGUGUGCUUGGACUAUGCCAAUUAUUUUGGCUGCACAUGCCAACCUGGAUGGACAGGCACACUUUGCGAUAUUAAGAUAAAUGAAUGUGACAGCAGUCCUUGUCAACAUGGUGGUCAGUGCCAUGAUUUACUGAACAAGUACAGUUGUUCCUGCAGUCUUGGCUUUAAUGGCACUAAUUGUGAGAUUAACAUUGAUGAUUGUGCAAACCCAAAUCCUUGCAAAAAUGGAGCUACAUGCACUGAUGGUAUUGCAUCAUAAACCUGCACAUGUGCUAGUGGGUUUAGUGGACGUAACUGUGAUGUAGAUAUUGAUGACUGUUUCUCUGUACCUUGUAAACACUAUGGAACAUGUGUGGAUAGAGUGAAUGGCUACUCUUGUCAGUGCACCCCUGGUUAUACAGGAAACAAUUGUGAACACCAAGUUAAUGAAUGUGCUAGCAAUCCUUGCAUGAAUGGCGGAAGCUGCACUGAUUUGCAAAAUGGAUUCCGCUGCACCUGUCCUCAAGGCACAAGUGGAACAAGUUGUGAGCACAAUGUUGAUGAUUGUAUUGGUGUGACUUGUGGUAAUGGUGGCACAUGCAUUGAUGAACUCAACAGCUACAAAUGUGCCUGUCAUCCUGGUUUUUAUGGUGACAAAUGUGACAUGAAUACUGACGAGUGUCGCUCACAACCUUGUCAAAAUGGUGGCAUUUGUACUGAUGGUGUUGCCCAGUAUCACUGUCAGUGUCCAACUGAUUUCACAGGUCGAAGUUGUGAAACCAGAGUUGACAACUGUCUUGGAAAUCAGUGUCAAAAUGGUGCAACAUGCAUCUCGCAGCAGAAUGGCUACUCAUGUCAGUGUGCCCCUGGCUUUAGGGGACAGUUGUGCGAGGUUGACAUUGAUGAAUGUACAUGCCCCAGCCCCUGCAAACAUGGCCAGUGCAGGGAUGGUGUCAACAAAUAUGUUUGUGACUGUUACAGUGGUUACAGUGGUUCUGAAUGUAAAACCAAUAUUGAUGACUGUAAACCCAAUCCCUGUUUCCAUGGAUCAACUUGUGUUGAUAAAGUGAAUGAUUUCUCUUGUAAGUGUUCUCCUGGUUUCUCUGGGAAGAGGUGUGAGCUCCAUAUAGACGAAUGUUAUUCACAACCCUGCCAAAAUGGUGCAACUUGUGUUGAUGAGAUUGGUUCUUACAGCUGCUAUUGAAAACCAGGCUACUCUGGAAGGAACUGUGAAAGUGUGAUAAACUGGUGUCAUAAUUCUCCAUGUAAAAAUGGUGGAACAUGUAAACAAGACCCAAAUGCUCUUGAUUUUCAUUGUGAUUGUCUGACAGGAUUUAAAGGUGUUAUAUGUGACGUGGAAAACAUAACCUGCAUCAAUGCUCAGACUAAACUUACAGAUCGAAGUACUGUGUGUUUGAAUGGUGGAACUUGCAUUGAUGAUGACCAGAAUGUACAGUCCUGUUCGUGUCCUCCCGGCUUUACAGGAAGCUACUGUGAAGUCAACAUCAAUGAUUGUGCUAGUGGACCUUGUAAGAAUGGUGCCAAGUGCUUUGAUGGUGUUGCAAACUAUACCUGCAGUUGUUUGAGAGGAUUUGCAGGUGAUUACUGUGAAACAAAUAUUGAUGAUUGUGCUUUAAACCCAUGCGACAAUGGUGGCACUUGCAAUGAUCUUGUAGAUGAUUACAUCUGUUCCUGUCGUGUUGGAUAUGUUGGUAACAGAUGUGAAAGGAAUCCAGAUGAUUGCUUUCCUAACGCCUGUUUCAAUGGAGGGCAUUGUAUGGAUGGCUUGGAGAGUUUCUCCUGCCAAUGUCCUGCAGGGUAUUCAGGAGUGCGCUGUGAGGUUGACAUUGAUGAAUGUGCCUCCAAUCCAUGCUCUGCACUUGGGACUGAAAAAUGUUAUUCCUUGCCUAAUAAUGAUUACAGUUGUAAGUGCAGGUUGGGAUUUCUUGGUAAGAAUUGUGACAUUAAUAUCAAUGAAUGUUUGUCAUAUCCCUGUCAAAAUGGAGCUGAAUGUAAAGAUGGGGCUGGAAAACAUACCUGCCUCUGCCAGCAGGGAUAUUCAGGGCUAAACUGUGAACGCCGUGUUUACUCAUGUUCAGACGAUCCUUGUCUGAACAGCGGCAACUGUUUGACGCAUGUAAAUGGCAGUUUUUCCUGUGCUUGUGUGGAUGGAGUGAAAGGAAGAAGCUGUGAGUGGAAUCCGGACGAGUGUCUUUCAGCGCCUUGUCAGAAUGGAGGAAGGUGUGUGGAUUUGUUGGAUAACUACGAGUGCAGGUGUCCUCUGGGAUAUUCUGGAAGAAACUGUGAACAGGAGAUUGAUGAAUGUCAAAGCAAUCCAUGCGUGCAUAAUGGCACAUGUGAAAAUAAGAUGGGUCACUACAGGUGCAAGUGUCCAGUUGGGUUUAAAGGGACCAACUGCGAAGAAGAGAUGUGCCCCUAUUCAUACUGUAAAAAAACAUUUGUACCGGGAGGGACUUGUAACGGAAGUUGCAACAUUCAGUCUUGCAACUGGGACGGGACUGUUUGUUCCCUUGGAAUAAAACCUUGGGCGAACUGCUCUGCAGUUACAGCUAGUGGAGAAUUCUGCUACCAAGUAUUCAAAAAUGGCAAAUGCGACAAGCAUUGCAACAAAGCUGAAUGCCUUUUUGACGGAUUUGACUGCAACGCACCCAAGGACGAAUGCAGCAAUGAUGAUUAUUGCAAGCCACGCUUUGAGAAUGCAAAAUGCGAUCAUGUGUGCAACAAUGAAGCUUGUUUGAAGGAUGGCCUGGACUGCGACACUGGAAAGCCGGAACCGGGCGAAGGGACGCUUAUACUUGUGUUGCUGGUGCCUCCAGAGGUUUUCCGCAAUGGCUCAAGAAUAUUCAUGAGAGACCUUUCUGCGGUUUUGCAUACCAUUGCAUUUAUUAAGCGUCAAGGAAACGAGGAGAUGAUCUAUCCCGUUCGACUUGGAAUGCGUAAACGCCGCCAAGUUUUUCGUCUGCGUGUUGUUCGAGCAGCAGAAGGAACAGGGACGAAAGUGCAUGUACAACUUGAUCAAAGAGGUUGCACAGGGUCGGCGUGUAUCUCUACAGCCAGCGAAGCGGCCCGUUACCUUGGUGCGUUAAAGUCGUCUAACAAGCUGGAUCUACCCUAUCCUUUGUACAGAGUUGAAGUGGAGGACACCCCCAGUACUCCAACAACAACUGAACCUUCGACGGGGCUGUCACCACUUUAUAUCGCAAUGCUGUGUGUAGGAAUCCCACUGCUUAUUGUGGGAGUGUUGGCGGGUGCUAAGAGAGUAUACGCUAAGCUUUGGGUACCAGAGGGCUUUCCAAGACACCGGCCCAGGCGUCAGCCCUCCACCAGACGUGAUCCUGUGGGGCAGGAAGUCUCCAUGAGAUCGAUAAGCAAGAGUUCGUCAGAAGUUGACGAGGAAGGCGCAUUCGCCGAUGGCGAGAGUAGCCGGUCAGACCUGACUCCCCCCAGAGAAUCUAAACGCGUCAAGCUGGACAAUGGAGAAGACUCGCGCAAGUGGACUACUCUCCACAAGCAGGCGGCAGACGUUCGCAAUUGCGCGCUGGCUCUGACUCCACCUCAGGAGGGAAGUGGCGAAAGAGGGGCACCGGGCGUAGACGUGGAUGCCAGAGGCCCCGGUGGAAUGACAGCUCUUCACUUGGCCGCCUGCCGUGGAACCUACGGUGAUGGCAGCAGCCUCGAUGAUGACAAAGACAGCGAUGACAGUGGAGGGGCCAUAACGUCGGAUUUGCUAUCUCUAGGGGCAAACUAUGGUUCCAAGACGGACCUGGGGGAGACGCCGCUUCAUCUUGCUGCCCGGCACUCAAGGGCGGAUGUGGCUAAACGUCUGUUGGACUACGGAGCAGAUGCGAACGCACGUGACCGCCUCAACCGCACGCCCCUCCAUUUGGCCAUCGGAGCUGAUGCCCAAGGUGUUUUCCAGAUCUUGUUACGGAAUCGUGCCACAGAUCUGGAAGCCCGAAUGGACGAUGGUACCACCCCGCUUAUCCUUGCCGCAAGACAUGAUCUUCUAGAGCAGGUGCGGCACCUCAUCAAAGCCGGAGUCAAGGUUAACAGCGCUGACAAUCAAGGAAAAACCGCCUUGCAUUGGGCUGCUUCAGUGAACAGCUUAGAAGUCACCAAAGAGCUGCUAAGAAAUGGCGCUAAGAAAGAUGCGCAAGACGAAAAGGGUCAGACACCGUUGUUCCUGGGUUGUCGUGAAGGAAGCGUACAGACCGUGAGACAUCUUUUAGUGAAUUAUGCCAACAGGAAAGUCGCCGAUUCUAUGGAUAUGACACCUGAGGAUAUCGCUAAACAAAGACAUCAUCACGACAUUGUUGAAUUACUAACAGAUUGGUCACUUGGGUGUAACUCGCCCAAGGCAGUUCCGGCCCCUACUUCACCCCCCGAGGGGCAAAAAUCACCCAUGGUUAGUUUAGCAUCUCCUCUGGCAACAUCGCCACCAGCUGUCGAGAUUCCCAAUAGCAGCGCUGCAGCCAUGGUACAACAAUUCCACGCGGCGCGUCCAAAGACGACAGGGAGCAGAACGCCUGGAUCGAGACCCAGGCCGAGCGCAACCGGAAAUAAUAAUAACAAUAAUGCAAAGAGGAAGCGCAAGAAGGCGCGGCCGGACGAGGAAGUGCAGCCGGCCAUGAGUGUCGUCCCGACGCUCUCGCCUCCGGGGUCCAUGCAUGUUGUAACGUCCUGCGCAGCUGGGCAGCAGCAGCAACAGGCGUUUUCGCCAAAUUGUGUGCCCAUCACGAACGGACUCUCGCCGUUAGGUAGUAUUUCUCCCGGCAUAUCUCCCGCGGAUUCAACUACGCUAUCACCGCUUCAAGCUCCAAACUCUUUGGAUGCACAACCGCCUUCACCGCUAGAAAUAUUAUCUCCCGAGGACCUAGCAGGGUUGGAAGGGGCUGAAAUGUUAUCUCCCGAUUACCUAGCAGGGUUGGAAGGGGUUGAAAUUGAUUGGGAUUCGAUUGAUCUCGAUGAUCCUACGGAUAUGUCCAUAUGCGGGUUUCCCAUGAAUACAUCAUUAGGGCAAGCGACCACUAUGGACCACACCGUACCCACUACAUCAGACUGUCGGUACAUACCCAGUGCGGCACCUGUCAGGCCGUCAGAGGGUCAAAGACUCUACUCGGUGCAUAGCACGCCAGACUUACAUUGCGGCGGUCUGCAGCCUCCUGAUUCUCGACCUUUAGUCUUUAAGGGAAGAACCUGUCAUUCGGCGCAAAAGGCGCCUCCACCGCUCUCCCAACAGGCCGCAUUUCAUGCUAUUACUAACUCCAACAUGUAUACCCACGGCGGUGGCGGAUUAGGAAGCGUCCUGCCGUUUAGGAAAGACUAUCAAAAUGACGAUUAUUCGAUGCAUCAUCAACAAUUGCAUCAUUUGCCUCAUCAGCUUGUAUUUCCGGCCGAUGAAAUGCUUCCUGCACAUACACAAUUGCGGCUUUUGAACAAUUACGACUCUUCGCCUCAGAAGUAUUUAUCGUCUUUCCCGACUCCCUCACCUGAUUCGCCAGGAGACUGUUCAUCUUCGUCAUCAUCGUCUUCAUGCUAACCAUUUGAUUUGUGCCAUCUUCGAAUUGUUUAUCAUGACCUGACAGUUUAAUGUCACCUUGAGAGUCGUCACAAUACAUGCUACGCUCAGUUAUUUCUACUUCAUUCUUGGUUUAUUAAUCACUAAGCGUAUUUAUUUAUUUGUAUAAAAAUGACUGUGAAAUUUGCCGAUAGUCGUAAGUCAGUCUGGCUCUGUACAGAAUAUCACGCAAUGUUUCGUGAGAAGCGUUGCGUGACGCCCCACGACAAUUUGUCACGAAGACCCAAACAAGCAAGAAAUCUUCUUUUGUUACUGAUAGAGAAAAGAUAGGUGAUGUUUUUUUUUUUUUUGGCUUGCCAGUGUGAGUCGGGGCUUAUUAUCGAACGAGAUUGACAAAGGGGUACGGCCACUGAUACUUUAGUAAGUUAAGUGGCGUGCGAUGUGGUUCACGUUUCACCCUCUGAAGAGAACUUAAAUUGUGUAACGAUGAAUAAGUAAGUUUGGUAAAACUGUUGUUUUUUAGGUAUGCAUCAUAAUGUUACAAGUCGUGUCGAGUUAUUUAUUAAGCAGUUAACGUUGUAGUUAUUAUUAUAAAUAGUCACUCAACUGUGUUUUGGGUGGCCAACUCGGGGUGGGAGGGGGGGGGGAUAAAUCGACAAUCGAGGCUUUUUAAACAUACGAUAAAAUUUUUCUAGAAUGAACAGUUUUAAAGUUCUUAUCUUACCAGAGGUUGUGUCCAGUCGGUUGAAUUUUCAUUGGGUUUUGUAAGAUAUAAGUUAAGGAAUGAUAUUUGGUAUGGUAUGACCGCAAUAGUAAUUUAAACGCGGGAAGGAUUGCAGUACAUCGAUACACUGCAUAUUUGAAGGCGAAGCGAAUGGUGAUCACUGCGUUUUUUUUAAAAAAAAAAUGCAAUUGAUGUAUAGUCGAAUAAUUGAAUUUCAUGUAGGAACAAAACACAGAGCUAUAGAAAAGUUUAAUAUAUUUUUAAGAUGUAAAUUAGGGAGAACGUACCAAACUGUAAAUACAUUUUUUGUAUAUUGAAAACAUUUAUGCCCCUUGUACCGGACACACUCAGUUCAAUCAACACACCGAAAACAUUUGAGUUCCUAAUACUUAAGUGAAGGGUCCUUUGAUAAGGUUCCGUGAUUGUUUUAGCCCGACUAGAAGCUUCGGUAAUCCCGUAUAUUAUUUUUAUAACUUCUUUUCUGGAAAUCAUUUAGUUACAGAAACUAUGUUAUCAACGAUAAAGACUAUUUUGGGACGGAAAACAAUAAUAAACCUUGAAUUGCGAUUGAGAGCAGA